UGGCAGUCACGUGGGUUCGGCUGACGGCAGCAGGUCUCCGCUCGAGCGCGGGGGGAGGGGGAUCGGGAAGACGUGUCUGGUGCCGCCAUCGACGCUGAGAGAGACCGGAGGCCGGCGAACCUUCCGUUCAGUCGCCAACGAAGCGACGCCGUCGAGCUGGUGGGGGCGGCCGGUCAGCCAUCGGAAAGACUCCGAGCCCGGGGUGGCAGAGGUUAUGAGCCUCGAUGAAUACGCGAAGACGUCACGGUCCCUCCAGUACUGAUCAGGGAGUGUACCUCGGGCCAGCGCAGACACAAGUACUCUCCUCCAACUCCUCCUCGUCAGCCCCCGUCUCCUCCAUUCUCCAGGACAACAUGUCGUGUCGUGAUCGCACGCAGGAGUUCUUCGCUGCCUGCAAGUCGAUGCAAAGCAGACAGAAUGGAUUACAGGUUAACAAACCUCACCUGAAUGCAGUCCGUCAGCGGAGUGAAUUCACAGUCAUGGCCAAACGAAUUGGCAAAGAUUUGAGUAACACAUUCUCCAAACUGGAAAAGCUCACUAUACUUGCAAAGCGGAAAUCACUCUUUGAUGACAAAGCAGUUGAAAUUGAAGAGCUGACGUACAUCAUCAAACAGGAUAUCAACAGCCUGAACAAGCAGAUUGCACAACUGCAAGACUUUGUCAGAGCCAAGGGGAGCCAGAACGGGCGGCAUUUACAGACGCAUUCCAACACCAUCGUGGUCUCGCUGCAGUCCAGGCUGGCCUCCAUGUCAAACGACUUCAAAUCGGUCCUUGAAGUGAGGACAGAGAACCUCAAAAUGCAACGGAACAGGAGAGAACAGUUCUCACUAGCCACGGUAUCCAGUCUCCCUCCUUCAGCCGCUAAUGGUUACGGUGGGUCGGUGCUGCUGAAGGACGAUGCGCGCAGGUCGGGGGAUGUCGCCAUCGACAUGGACGCCAGGUCCAGCCAGCAGCUGCAGCUCGUCGACGAGCAGGAUUCCUACAUCCAGAGCAGAGCAGACACCAUGCAGAACAUUGAAGCCACGAUCGUUGAGCUGGGCUCCAUAUUCCAGCAGCUGGCCCACAUGGUUAAGGAACAGGAGGAGACCAUACAGAGGAUUGACGCCAACAUCGAGGACACCCAGCUGAACGUGGAGGCGGCUCACUCAGAGAUCUUGAAGUACUUCCAGUCUGUCACCUCCAACCGCUGGCUCAUGAUCAAGAUCUUCCUCAUCCUCGCCGUCUUCUUCGUUGUGUUCGUGGUGUUCCUGGCCUAGAACCAGCUCCUGGACCCCCCCACCUGCGUGCUCUCCUCCGCAGAUGGUGCUGAAGGACAUGGAAGGGCGCGCAGCGGGAUUGACCUUGGAAUCCAACUGCGCUGCUGUCUUUGGGGUGUUGCUGGUCUCAGCCAGCCACCCCCUUUACCCAUUCUCACCCCACCGGUGCCAGCUGUGGCCCGCGAUGAGCCAAAAAUUCAGGGAGUGCGCAGCAAGCCCACGGACAUCAGUUACUGUGACUCCUUCCCUCCCUGGAACUUCAAUCUGUCCCUCUCCCCGGCUCUGUUCAUAGCAUCUUCUCUACAGACCACUGAGCCUUCUGACAGCUGGACCAUUUGUUGCUGUUGGAAGUCACCGAGGAGGUGGACUUCCCCAGAGCCGAUUGGCCAUUGGAAGUCACUGUUGGAGGUUAACUUUUCCCCAGCACAGACAGCUGUUCAUUCAGACUUCUGGAAUUUGCCGACAACCCCUCCUCCAAUCUUGACCGUCUGUCAACGGCAACUGUAUUCCUUAUUAAGUCCCAAGGAUUGGCACUGAAGGGGCACCUUGAAGUUUGGAGGUUACCAGCAGCUCAAGAUGACUAGGGACUGCUGAUCUGACGGAUUUGAGACUUUGAGCUAUACAUUCGAGGUCUAAUUUAAACUUCAUCUUCUCCUCCCUCUAAAAUCAAGUUGACUUGUUCUUCACACUUUGAUUUUGUAACAGGGACUGGGACAAGACCAGAGACUUUGAGUGGAACCUACCUGGGUCCUCCAUCUUUCCCCGAAAAAGAACCACCGCUCCCCCCCCCCACAACCGCCACCACCAUGUCCCUUGCAUUUUACUUUCUAUCCUUCACUCUGUGUCAGUAGGUGUCAAAGCUGCUAACUGGUUCUCAAGGUGCCCUGAGUUGGAGCCCAGUUAGUAAAAACUGGGUCAUUCCAUCAUGAACAGUGUUUCUGUAUUAAUGACCCCUCUCUACUGCUCUCUCAGAUCCACCCGGUUAGGAAAGUGUGGUGGUUACUCGAUAGCCAAGGAGAUGCCAAGAAAAUGAGUCCUGACUCUGUUCCGGAUGAUUCUGUAAAUUGUCUACCUUCAACAAAUAAAUGAAAGUAAAUCUGUUGAGGAUUAGCUAACCAUGGUCAGUAACAAUUUUGUUAUUUCUGCAGGGAGCGAGCACUUUUACUUGGAAGCAGUUUAAAAAAACAAAAAUGUCUGGUUGUCUUGCAGGAUCUGGUGGGAGACCCUCUCGCCAUCGGUUCCAGAGUAGGGUAUCAACAAGGGGCUUGCUUCCCGCCCCAUUUCAAGGGAAGAUGCAAAAUUGGCCCUUCAACCCUCCUGAUUGUCGAGCACCCAUUCUCAGAGUAGUCCUACUGUAGCCCUUUUUCAUUCUCCCCACAUUCCCACCAAAUUGCGCGCGCACACACAGACAGACACAGACACACACACACACACACACACACACACACACACACAGACACACACACACACACAGAGACACAGACACAGACACACAGACACAGACACACACACAGACACAGACACACACACAGACACAGAGACACAGACACAGAGACACAGACAGAGACACACAGACAGACACAGACACACACACACACACACACACACACACACACACACACACAAAAACAGACACAGACACACACACACGGCAGGGAGGGGUGGCAGUGGGGGCAUCCCACAGUGAAUGAUUAACCAGUGAGUUUUUUGUGGGGGACGCUAGAAGGCUGGCGGGGGCAGAGCGUGCAAAGUCCAGGCGGGUAGCAUGAGUUCGGGGUUGGGGGGGGGUGGUCACUACUUUUCUACAGCACAGGUAGAGUGGCCGCCUUCCCCCCCCCCGCUGGGCUGCUUCCUGUUUGAUGUGCCCAGCACGUUCUGUAUGGAUCAGCCCCUGAAUGUGAAGCUGUCUCCCCAAGCCCCCCACCCUCUGUGCCAGCAGAGCACGGUCUGUAAUGCCAACGAUCGAUCUCGCCCGCUCCAUCUGCUCCAAUCUCUUCGAGUGCUAACCUGGCAUCACCGUCCUUCUCUGCCAGGCUGUGACUGACACUGUUGGGGAAACCACAGCCCUCCCCCUCAGCAGGCAGGGUGGCAAGGUGAGGUAGGACUUCAGCGAACACACUCCGGCAAUAACGGAAACAGGUCCCUCCAAUCCAUUAAGGUGAGCUUGCAUAAAGUAUGCAUCUCGGGGGUGGGGGGGGGGGUCAGAGGUGAGUUAGCCUCUGCUCUAAGAAUUUUUAAUAUUUUGAAGGAGAUUUUUUUUCUUUGUUUUAAUUGAUAGAUUUUUAAAAUGUAUUUAUUUAAAAUUAACUAAUUCCAAUAAGACCAUAAGAGGUAGGAGCAGAAUCUGGCCACUUCAUCAUUACAGAUCCACUUCCCCCUCAGCCCCAGCCUCCUGCUUUCUCCCCGUGACCCUUCAUGCUCUGACCACUCAAUGACUCGACCUCCACAGCCGCCUCUGGCAAUGAAUUCCACAGAUUCGCCACCCUCUGGCUGAAGAAAUUCCUCCUCAUCUCCGUUCUAAAUGGACAUCCCUUUAUUCUGAGGUUGUGCCCUCUGGUCCUAAACUCUCCCACGAUAGGAGACAUCCUCUCCACAUCCACUCUAUCUGUGCCCUCUGGUCCUAGACUCCCCCACUAUAGGAAACAUCCUCUCCACAUCCACUCUAUCUGUGUCAUCUGGUCCUAGACUCCCCCACUAUAGGAAACAUCCUCUCCACAUCCACUCUAUCUGUGUCAUCUGGUCCUAGACUCCCCCACUAUAGGAAACAUCCUCUCCACAUCCACUCUAUCUGUGUCCUCUGGUCCUAGACUCCCCCACUGUAGGAAACAUCCUCUCCACAUCCACUCUAUCUAGAGAUUUCAGCACUUGAUAGGUUUCAAUUAGACACCAGAUUGCAGAGCCUAUAUAGUUCUCCCUUGUUCCAUAGUUGAAGGAGCAAACCAGGGUCCUCGCACGAUAAGCACCACAUGAGAUGUGUAGAACACUUCCUGGCUGCUGGCUGUGAAUCCUACUGUCACAGAAGAAGGGCGUUCUGCCAGCCUGGCCCGCAGCUUCCUACCUCUCUGGCUUCUGCCCCACCUCCGCAUUGCUGACUCUGCUGCUAACGUUCGGUUGCAGUGUCAGGGGACCGGGAGUGCUCGAGGUGAGGGGAGACAGCACGGUCUGCGAGCUGGGGAAAGCUUGGGCAUGAUACACUGUUCGUGGGCUUGGUGGGAUCCAGGAUCAGCCAUGGUGGAAUGGCAGUGCAGACUUGAUGGGCUGAAUGGCCUAAUUCUGCUCCUUUGUCUUGUGGCCCUACAGACCAGUGUUGAUCUGCAGCUGGGCUUGGUGGCAAGCUCUGCUUUUCUUCCCCAGAAACGAGCCGGCACUCUGUCAAAGUCUACUCACGGUAGCCUGUCCCACUGUUUCUGCGGAGAAAUGUGUUCAGUUUGUAUCUGCCAGUUCUCAAAGCUCUGCUGCAGUGUAUAUACAGAACCCAACCCCACCUAUCUCCCUUCCACUGUGUUAAACUCUCAAUGUUUCCCUUCAGUAGCUGAUUAUCACCUGACUCCCACCACCACCAUUCACUCACUCACUCUCGUCCUCUCCCCACACCCUCCCAGCUACAACUGCAGAGCCCAGGGGUGGCCAUGAGUGACCAAGCACAGGCAGAGCCAGAGGGGCGGGUGGCUGGGAGAGACCCAAACCUCCCUCCUUUGCCUGCGGGACCCCUCCCCUGCAUGUCCUCCGACACAGGCCAGGCUUGUGUGUCAAUGGCAGGCGGCAGAUAUGAGGGAGGUAGUGGGAGGAGGUUCUGACUGAAUCAGCACGGAAAGUGUCCUGACUUUUCUCUCUGCUCUGAAGUCCGUAUCUGUGUUCGAAGCACCUUUGUACUUUAUAUAGACCAAAUUUAUAAAAGCUAUUGUAUAAUAUGUACUAACUUUACCUCCAAGUUCAGUUCCGCUUCCCCAAUAAAGCAUGUACUGUGCAUACAUCUGUCAUUCA